AUGGAAGCGCACCUGGGCAAGAUAGAGUUUUUCUGCAAGCUGGGGUAUGGCAAACAGGACAUCUGCAAAGUGCUGGAAAAUCUGGGCCAAGGGGCCCUGGAGGAUGAUGUGCUGAAAGAGUUGAUUCGGGUAGGUAGCAGGCCUGUGGCUCAGGAGAGGCAGGCCCAGCAUCCUCUCCCAAAACUUGUCCCCCGUGGGUCGUGUAGCAGUCCGGCAGUGCCCAAGCAGCCAGAAGAGGUGGCAAGCGAUUCUUCCAGUCACUUGAGACCUAUCGUGAUCGAUGGCAGCAACAUUGCUAUGAGCCAUGGGAACAAAGAAGUGUUCUCAUGCCGGGGGAUUCAGCUGGCAGUGGACUGGUUCAGGGAGAGAGGCCACAAAGACAUCAAGGUCUUUGUCCCAUCGUGGAGAAAGGAAGCACCACGAUUUGACAGCCCCAUUACAGAUCAGCACAUUCUUGAUGAGCUUGCAAAGCAAACCAUUCUCGUGUACACUCCAUCCCGCAAGGUGAAAGGCAGGCGGGUGGUCUGCUAUGAUGAUCGCUAUAUAAUUAAAGUGGCCCAUGAGAAAGAUGGGGUGAUUGUUUCCAAUGACAACUACCGGGACCUCCAGAGUGAGAAUCCUGAGUGGAAGUGGUUCAUCGAGCAACGGCUACUCAUGUACUCCUUUGUCAGUGACAAGUUUAUGCCUCCUGAUGACCCGCUAGGCCGUCAUGGACCUACUCUUUACAAUUUCCUCAGCAAAAAGCCAGUGCUUCCUUUAACUAGAUGGCAGCCCUGUCCUUAUGGCAAAAAAUGCACAUAUGGCAGUAAGUGCAAAUUUUCCCACCCCGAACGACAGUAUCAAGCUCAGCUGUCAGUGGCUGAUGAGCUCCGAGCCAAAACAAAGGCCUCGUCUCAAAGCUUGGGGACAGAGGAAGAAAAGUUGAAGGCUGCCCCAACUACAACCCAAGGAGGGAAUGCAUCCCACAGCGCUUGCAUAGAAAGGCUGCAGGAAUCCAGUGGUGCUACAGGCGGCAGCAGCAGCUCCACUCAGAGCUUUGCAACGGAUUGGUUCCAUUCCACGCAACAGGAAAGGACCUACACUGAGCAUUCAGCUAGAGCCUGGGGAGACAGGCCCUUGUGUAAGCUGGAACCCGAACAAAAUGUAUUACAGCAAGACCUACAGAGAGAGCAAAGGCUCAUGGAAAAGCAGCUCUCUGCAUUAUCCCUCAGGGACAAGAUGUAUAGUGCAAAUAGGCUGGCAGACACCUCUGAGAGAGGGGAUGCAAAGGACAGUACCCAUCAAUGCUGUAAUCUUAGACACAAUCACAGUCACAAUCUAUAUGCAACUCAUCACAACCAUAGUUUGGACUGCAUGUGCUUACAACAGUGCGAGCUGCCUUCUCAUCUUUGUAGGCACCCAGCUCGCUCUAGACCUGAGCACCGCGGCAAUGUGCAAAUGUUAGCAGUGCAGAGUCAGAGAAUCCAAUACAUUGUGGACAGAUCUCAGUCCACACAAGGCCUGCAGGCCCAACAGCAAGUCACACGCUCUGUCAGGUCUCCUCCGAAUGGCCCAUUUCCCUACAGCAAACGCGAAGAUGGACAAUACCAAAGGCAUUUGCAGAAUCAGCCUCCCAUUCAGCCAUUUUUGUUAGAUCCCCACAAGGGUCCCGGCUCCUUCAGCUACUCACCCACUUCUCAUAGCGAGUAUCUCCCGAAUCAUGCUCCAGAACCACUUGCUGGAGAGCGAGCGCACAUCCGCAGCGUGCUCUGCUCCGUCUUCCCAUACGAUGAAGUGGAUCGAGUUAUGUUCUUGUACCCUGAUCUUAAGGAUAUGGCUAGUUUAAUUUUACUAAUUCAAAGACACAGGCUCUUAUGA